UAUAGUGUUAGCCACCUUUUGACUUUUGUCCGAUCCUUUAGUUGGUCGGUUAUUAUUUAAUUUGUAGGCUGCAGCCAAAUUUUGUCCACUUCGAAACCCUCUUAGUCCUUAGAUGCCCAAUGCCAGAAAAAAGUAUAAUCCAUGGCAUCUCCUAAAUUCUGGUCUACAUAUUUAGUAGUAGUCAUUCCCUUCGUACGCGCUUUACAAACAAUCAACCAUGUUUCCAUUACUGGUUCGUGCUGCUCUGAGCAGCAAGAAGCCUGCAGCUUCGAUUUGGUCCCUCCAUAGAGUAUUACUACUACUACCACCAUCACUGAAAACCAGCAGCAAUCAGUACCACCAUUAUUAUCAUCAUAAAGUCAACGUAAGCUCCACAGAAACCAUCAAACCUUCUUCCCCGACUCCCGCAAAACUCGCCACAUUCAAGCUCUCCCUCAUCGACAACGAUGUCCCGCCAAUUUAUGUACCUUUCAUCUUCUUCUUUUUUCCUCCUCCCGGCUCCACGGGACCAAACCCAGGGGUGAGAAGAUUCGAGACCCUCAAGUCUUCACUCGCCCAGACCCUCACGCGCUUCUACCCACUCGCCGGCAGGCUGUCCAAAUCCGGCGACAUCGAUCAAGCCGGUUCAGUUCCCGUCGUCCAUUGCAACGAUGAGGGCGUGCCGUUUUCUUCCGCCACGGUCGAUUUUUCCGUCGCCGAGUUUCUCAGGAAACGUCUCGAAGUUGACUCGCUCCUGCAGUUCCUCCCUUUCACUGCCGAUCCGAUCGUCUCGGACCUCGAAUCGGCGCCGCAGAUCGCCUUCAGGGCUACCGCAUUCCCCUGCGGCGGGCUCGCCAUCGGUGUUUGCAUGUUGCACAAGAUCAUCGACGCCGCCACUUUGGCCGAUUUCAUGAAACUAUGGUCCGCCGUCGCCAGGAGCCAGGAGAAAACGGCGGCGGCAGCAGUUGGCCGCGGCGCGUAUGCUCACGAUCGCGCCGCCACGAAGGCGAUCUGCGGUGCCGAUUCGAGAGCGGAAGGCGUGGAGACCAUCUCGGCAGGGAGAGGGAGGAACUGCGCGAGCAAGUCGAUUUCAGGUCGUUUCUUGAGAAACCGAGCCAAUGACGUCGACGAAUCGCCGCCAUCGACAGUGGCGGAAGAAAACGGCACGCCAUGGUCGUUGCAGCGGACGAUGGUGGUGACGGAAUCAUUAGUGUCGCCGCCGGAUCUCGACAGCCUCCCGGCGAGUGGGUAGAAGCGCGUGAGGGUCUGGGCGAGUGAUGACUUGAGGAUUUCGAAUCUAUCAUCCCCUGGUUUUGGAUUCGAUCCCCUGUUUCUGGGACUGGGAGCAGGAUAGAAGAAGAUGGCAGGUGCGUAAUUAGGCAGGGCAUGGUUGUCGAUGAAGGAGAGCUUGAAUGUGUUGAGCUGGGCGGGAGUUGGUGAAGAAGGUUUGAUGGUUUCUGUGGAGCUCACACUAAUCUUGUGGUAACGGCGAAUCGGUGAUGGUUGGUUUUCAGUGAUGGUGCUAACAGUGAUGCUCUAUGAAGUGACCAAAUCGAAGAUGCAGUUGCAGGGGUAGGCUUCUUGCUUAGCGCCAUCCGAAACAUUAAUGGAAACAUGGUGGUUGUUGCAUUGCACCCUGGUAAUUAAGGUAGGACGAUGAU